CUCUCAUUCUCUUCCAGCCUUUUUUUCUCCUCUUAAUUUUUACAACGACCAUGUUUGAUUCCAUGCUGGAGUUGAUAUCUCGGGCUGCAUCCAACUCUCUCUUCAUCUUCUGUUUCUGCAAUUUGAUCAUAAUUGCCGUUAUCCUUGUGGGCUCCAAAUCCAGCCCCAACUUAGACAAAGAAGACGAAAUUCCAGUUUCAGUGAUCAUCAACACAAGCACACAUCAAAAACAAGGAAGAAAGAGCGAGCAGUUGUUCGAUGGCAAGGAAUUGUCACUAAAUGCCAAUGAAUUGUCAUAUUCCCUGCAGGAAGCAGCACCUGUUGCUGACAAAGAGGAAAAGGGUAACAGUGAUCACGACAACAAGGAUGUGGAUAAGGAUAGUGAAGAUCAUGAUGAACUGAGGAGAAGGGUAGAAGAAUUUAUAGAAAAGGUUAACAAAGGAUGGAAGGAAGAGUUUUGGCAUGGGAAGUCUGCAAUAUCUGCAGCAAUGUGAAUUUGUGUACGAGAUUAUCUGAUCUAUAGGGUAAUAAUGCCAAAAACUUUUGUAAAUUCCUAACUCUGACGAGAAUUUGCUAGGAAAUUUCGAUUGUACUAUUAAAAGUACAUGUUCUUAGGAUUGGUGGUGCACGGUGUAGAUUAGUUUUAAAACAUGACAUGUUUUGAGUCCAAUUUUAAUUGGAAUUUGAUUCGUUAGAUGUUAAA